UUUAGACAUCCUUUUCCGGUUCGACCCUUGGCGCGGACAAUCUGCCCUUCUAAGAAGAAGUGGAUAGUUGUUGUAUUUCUAAGCAUUUCGGGUCUUUUUGGAGCAGGGACCAUCAAUGGCAACUGACCCUCCAGACAUCUUGGAACAAGCUCUGGCCGAAGUUGGCCCUUAUAUUGGACUAGAUACAGGGUCAGAGGUCAACCCCUACAGUUCCACAGAAACAGGUUCAGGACCAACCCCCUAUAUUUCCACACAGACAGAUAAUCUGGUACAGGAUGUUCAGGCAUUGUGUACAAGACUUGCAGAAGAAGGGGAGGAAACUCUUUUUAUAUCUGUAAAUAUAUCAGGCAACCAGUGUGCUUACCUUGGUUCCACACUCGGCAAAGACUACAUUGAAAAGAAUGAACUAGUACAAGGAUUCUUCACCUAUUGUAAUGAAAAAUAUGAGUCCAGGCUAAACCAGCUCAGCACACCAGUAAAGACCUCACAGACGGCUUUAUCUCAGGAGUCAGGUCCCAUUAUCAACCAGGUAUCACAGCAACCAGGCCACAACAUCAACCAGGUAUCACAGCAACCAGGCCACAACAUCCACCAAGUAUCACAGCAACCAGGCAACACCACCAGCCAAACGUCAAGUAAAAUGUCAGAAAUUACAUCGGAAACUCCUCAGACGAUUAUUCACACUCCUGACACUGUCCCAAUGCCUAGCACUGGCUAUCGGUCACUGCUGACCAAAUAUGGCACCCAGGAAGUUUCACAGAGGUCACAGCAUGAAGUAGGUCAAAAGGAACAAACAGUGAUGCCUUUGUCUGGAUCGUCAGUUUCCAUGGUAAAACAUGAUGCUGGACCUCCAAUUUCCAAGGCAACAGGAUCUACUGGUUCCUUAGCAACCACUGUAACCAAGGCUGGAAAAAGCCUUGAUAAAUCUAUAGGUACUGAUUUCACUGAUAGUGAGGAAAGAACCGUGCCCAUCACGAAGUCCUCUAAUCGGAAAAACCAGAAAGACGGGGCAGGUGAAAAGUAUGUUGUUUAUAUACAGAAAUCUCAGGAUUCAAAUUCUAAAAAGAAUGUCUUGGUUUACAAAAAACCGGAGGAUCUCCAGAAAGAUACGCUGAAGAAACUAGGACUGGUGAAAUCUGAUGAACAAAAUGAUGAAGAGAAAAAACAACCAGAAAUAGAAAAGCCGAUUAUUGUCAUAAAAGAAGUGGAUGAAUCAACCCCUAAAUCCAGUGAAACUACUGGGACAGUCAGAAGACGCGGCAGACCACCUAAGACGGGGAUGUCAGCAGCGACCGUUACAAGUGAACCCGCAAAGAUGCCAAACACUCGGACCCACGCCAACCAAUCUUCCUCUCAAUCACAAUCGUUGGACAGAGUUACCACUGAGAGUUUACAAAGACAAGUCACCAGAAAACAAACAAAAGACGGAUCUUCCUCAGUGGAGUCACCAAACGACAGAACAAGAAGACAAACAAGGGGUACAGCUACGCCACAAACGACACCAGACGCGGACACAAAAGGACCGUUUCAUAUGCGGACAAGAAGUGGAGGCAAAGCAAAACACAUGCCUUGGCUCAACAAAUGGAAAGAAAAAGAUGAUGGAGAAAGCAAUGAAAAUAAGAAAGGUAAAGAAAUGACAUCUCCUGGGGAACACAACACAAAUGGGAGCAAACGGAAGGAAUCAUUGAGUAUAGAAGGUGUGAGGAAAAAGAUAAAAGUUGAAGUGGAAUCUGAGGACGAGGAUCCGGUUGAAACACAUAGUGAUGGUUUAGUCAUAAUGGAAUCAGAUGAUAACCAAUUAGUUAACCAAUCAGCCUCAGAUCUAGACGAUCCGUCAUCUGUACAAAAGGAAUGUGAAAAAACGGUAGACGACGACACUCUUAUCAAAGACACUGUUUCUGAAAAACAAAACACACUUUCAUCAUAUGAUAAGCCACAUGACAUAGGUGGCGAAGGAGAUCGAGCAGAUUCUGAACUUAAGACAGUAACUAACGUUGACGGAAACGAGAAUGAAGAGUUCCCGUGUAAUGACGGAAGUGGGGAAGGGCAAACAAUAGAAAGUGAUGAUAAAGCGACUGAAGAAUCGUCUGAAGAGAAGUGCGAGAUUUGUGGGAACGUAUUCAAUACUUCAGAAGCACUCUUUAGUCACAUGGAGGAUGAACAUGGUAUCCGAAAUCUACGUGAAGAGGAAGAAGGCGAAGAGGAGUCGAAAAAGGAAGAGGUUCACCAGUGUAAUACGUGUGGGAAGAAGCUCGACACGCUUCUCAGACUCAAGAUUCACGAGAAGGUACAUAGUUCCGGUCAGUACGUGUGUAACGUGUGCGGGAAGUGUUAUCUCCAGGAACGCGUCCUGCUCCGACACGUCAACCAGAUGCACAAAAAUAAAAUCAUUCCUUGCACCGAGUGUGAAGAAAUGUUCAAAAGUCAACGUCAGCGAGACGAACAUCUCGCCAUCAAACACAAUAUACCGGCAGUAUUGAAGUGUAAGCACUGUAAUGACACAUUCCGGGACGUCAAGGAGUUAAGAAUUCACGCAAAGUGUCACGUGACUCCAUGUAUGUGUGAAUUUUGUGGUAAAUCAUUUCCCCGUCGCGCCGAUCUCGUGAUGCACCGCCGCGUUCACACCAGAGAAAAACCUAUCAAGUGUCAUAUUUGUGGAAGAGGAUUCGCACGCGCCAGUACGUUAUUAAGCCACAAGCUGACUCACAGGACAUACAACGCCUUCCAGUGCGAAGUUUGUGGUCGCACUUUCAAAACUAAAGAGUCCAUGAGGCAACAUCGGAAAGUUCACACAAAGGAGUCGACUGUUCCGUGUGAACAUUGUGAUCUAAAAUUCCGCACGUUUGAUGGAAUGAAGAACCAUAUCAUCCAGUGCCAUCCUGAAAUAUCGCCUCCGAAAAACUGGAACGUUUAUACAUGUGACAAAUGUCCCAAGCGAUUUGGCGGUAAACAGCAGUAUAUAAGACACAUGAGUGUCCAUACAGGUGUCCGUCCGCAUGAGUGUAACUUGUGUGGGAAGUCUUAUCCCACUUUAGGUGCUCUUAACACACACAAGAAAAUCCACAAAGAAUGCAUGCCGGAACGCCAAUUUCAUUGCAACGUAUGUAACCAUCAUUUCGGAAUUCUUUCCAAAAUGAAACGUCACAUGGAAACGGCCAAGCAUAUCCAAUAUUGUAUGGCAGUAGGCGUGGAUCCGAUGGGAAACCUUCGCGAGUACGAAGCGAAGGUUGCGGCCGAGGGAAAGAUACGUGCCCACAUGGGCGGUGUUCAGGUUCCUGCCGAUGGGUCCAUGCCUAUUGUGAUCAAGAACGAGAUUCCAGAACUAGCGGAAUACGAGGGGGAUGAGACAGUAGAGUGUGUCCUCAUACAUCUGCCAGACGACGAAGUGGCGCUACAAGAUGGCGCCCAGAUCGUGUACAGUAUAAACACCGAGGAUGGGACGAUAGAAUCGGUAUUCCACGAAAGCGCUCCUCAGGAAGAGACCGUGACAGUACAGACGCAGUGAUCACAUAAUAGCGCGUCCUGACAAUCAUUGCUUUGUUGUUUGAAAUAUAAUCAGAGGACAAGCCAAGUCUUAUCGUGAUACAGUCUAUAUCUAAAACAUAUGGAGGAUCUAGUCAAUAAAACUCACGACGAUUCAUAUCGGGAAGAUUCUGGUACAAUGAUAAAUUUUUGUACGGGGUUGUGUUCAUCAAUAAAAAUGCUUUAUGCCUGUGAAUAUAAUAUCGAUAGGUCGAUUAUUGUACCGGAAAAUAUAUUUGUGAAGGAUUAAAACUUGUGUGAACCAAAACAUUUCUCAUGAAUGCACAAGUCGAUUAUAUUUUCGAUUUCGAGUUGUGAGAUAGCGCUCUUUGAAACUCUUGGACACGUUAAUACUGUAGAACUGUCGAGUUGGUGUUUGUGGUGAUACGGAUUCGGGUCCUAAAACGUAUUCCGUCUUCUCCUGGUGCGUUCGUGUGUCCUGUGCUUGUUAAUUUUGCUAUUAUCAUUGUAUCAACACGUUUGUGUCUUGAGUUUUAUUUGGAAAUCAUAAUUUGUAAAGCAUAUGAUACAGUACAAAGUCCAUACAAGCGAGGACGUGACUGAUCAUUUUAGAGGUGAUGUUUGUAUUGGUAUCUUUAUAUACUCUGGAAUCACCCAACGCCUUGAAGUGUGUACAUUGUCGAAUUUUGAGGACGGAUUUAAUUUCAGAAUACGUUUAAGUUAAAAAUAAACUAUUUUCUAUCAAGUGUUAUAUAAAAUGCAUUUUUGGGUUUAAUUUAGUUGUAGCCACUUCACAGACCGAUAUCCGUAUCAUAUGAAGACAGGACUGAAGAAUUGUUUAAUUACGCCAUCUAAUGUACAAACAUUUUAACGUUGUAAUCCGUCUUCAGAAACAAAAUGCAUUAAAAUAUCAUCAACUUUCCAUAAUGAAGUAUUAUUAUACAUCUCAGGUAAAAUCAUUAUCGAAUGUUUACCCACUGAAAAUAUGUUGUUGCCAAUUUAUUUUUGUUCAUUAAAAGUGGUAAAAUGUA